AUGAAGAUGGCAAGUUCCUCAGGCUCCUGGCUCUCCAGAUGCUUCAUCACACUCGUCUUCCUCCAGUUGCCUUUGCAUGUGUCAGAGGGCAGGCCGGGCUUGGUGGUUUCUGUUUCAGCCCCAUCUCCAGGGAGGUUCUCCUCAUCAGCAGUGGCUCUUGCUGUGAUCCUGCCUGUCCUGGGGAUUUUCAUCAUGGUGGGCAUUUACAUCAUCUGGAAGCAAAGAAGGUCAAAAGAGAGGCUUCUCUAUGAACAUGCAAUGGAGGUAGAAAAUCUUCUCUCAGACCAUGCAAAAGAAAAAGGACGUCUCUAUAAAGCCCUCAAGAAACUCCGGCGUGAACUGAAGUUAAAGAGAGCUGCAGCAAACUCAGGCUGGAGAAGGGCCCGGCUACACUUUGUGACGGUGACCCUGGACCCAGACACAGCGCAUCCCAAACUCAUCCUGUCUGAGGACCGCAGGUGUGUGAAGCUUGGAGACACAAGGCAGCCUGUGCCCAACAACCCUCAGCGAUUUGACUUCGUCGUCAGUGUCCUGGGCUCUGAGUACUUCAUAGCUGGCUGUCACUACUGGGAGGUGUCUGUGGCAGACAAGAGCAAAUGGGCCCUGGGGGUGUGUAGUGAGUCAGUGAGCAGGAAGGGGAAGGUCACUGCCUCGCCCGCCAAUGGACACUGGCUCCUGCGACAGAAUCGCAGGAAUGAGUACGAGGCCCUAACAUCCCCGCAGACCUCCUUCCACCUGAAAGAGCCCCCGCGGUGUGUGGGGAUUUUUCUGGACUAUGAAGCAGGAGUCAUUUCCUUCUACAACGUGACCAACCAGUCCCACAUCUUUACUUUCACCCACAGUUUCUCUGGCCCCCUUCGCCCUUUCUUUGAACCUUGCCUUCAUGAUGGAGGAAAAAACAUGGCACCUCUAAUCAUCUGUUCUGAACUCCAAAAACCGGAAGAAUCAACUGUCCCCAAGCCAGAAGAAAAAGGCCUUGCUAAUGGAGACGUGGCCCUGCAGGUGGACCCUCUUCUGCUCCCUGCUCAGGCACCAGAGCUCCUCCCACUCACAGAUAUGAUCCUGUCCUGGCCCUCUGAUAUUGGCCCAGCCCUGCAGGGGCUCAAGGUUCCUUCUUUUUAG